AAGAAAGGGGGAAGGGAGGAAAGAGAGAGCAUGCACAGGCGUGAGCAAGCAUGAUUGGUGGCACAUGCAUGUUUGUAAUCCCAGCAUAUGGAGGUGGAAGCUGGAGGACCAAGAGCUCAGGGUAUGAAGCGGCCACUGAGCCCACCCCCCUCAGGUGAGAAGGAGGCCCCCACAACUGAAGCAUCUGAGUGUCCCCCUCAGUCUCCAGAAUCAUCAAAGCCUAAGCGGGAAAGAAAACGACCUUCCUACACACUCUGUGACGUCUGCAACAUCCAGCUAAACUCUGCAGCCCAGGCCCAGGUGCAUUGUGGGGGACGCGCCCACCAGCGAAGGCUUCGGCAGCUCAGCCUGGGGAAGACCUCCACAGGGCCAGCAGGUCCAGCCUCCAGUGCCCCCAGCCCCUUGCUGGCCUCACUGACCCUGCCUACCCGGCCUCUGCAACCCCCGCUGGACUUGAAGCACCUGCUCGCCUUCCACCUCAAUGGCACCACCCCGCUCAGUCUCUUCCCCAACUUCAGCACGAUGGACCCAGUCCAGAAAGCUGUCAUCAGCCACACGUUUGGGGUCCCCUCCCCUCUGAAGAAGAAGCUGUUCAUCUCCUGUAACAUCUGUCAUCUGCGGUUCAACUCAGCGAACCAGGCUGAAGCUCAUUACAAGGGCCAUAGACACGCCAGAAAACUCAAGGCUGUGGAAGCUGCCAAGAACAAGCAGAGGCCUCGAACCCUGACCACAAAUGGGACAGUGGUGUCUUCAGUCUCACCUCCAACCAGUGGAAGCCCUGGAACCCCCCAGAGGAAAGGUCCUGCGUCCCCUCCUCUCGGCCCUCCACUUCAGCUACCACUGAACCCAGACCCAUCAGCCGAAGACCCAGCCCACUCAGAACUUUCCGAUGCUGCUGCUUCCUCUUCCUCCUCUUCCUGCCCACCCUGCUCCCCAGAUCCUAGCAGGGAGGUCCCAGGGCCUGAGCCAGCAGAAGUGGCUGUGGGGAGUGGAGUAAAUGGGGAAGGCAGGGCUGAGAAGGGACGCCUCUACUGCCCUACCUGUAAAGUGACAGUGAACUCCGCCUCUCAGCUUCAGGCUCACAACACAGGAGCUAAGCACAGAUGGAUGGUGGAAGGUCAUCAAGGGGCUCCCCGAAGGGGCCGGGGCCGUCCGGUGUCCCGAGGAGGGACUGGACACAAGACAAAGAGAGUGAUAGGAAGUCGUGGGAGCUGGCAGGGACCCAGCCCUCCUUUCCAUUGUGCUCUCUGUCAGCUCCACGUCAAUUCAGAGACCCAGCUCAAGCAGCACAUGAGCAGUCGGAGGCACAAAGACCGGCUGGCUGGGAAGCCCCCCAAACCCUCCAGCCAGCACAGCAAACUGCAGAAACACACGGCACUGGCUGUGAGUGUUCUCAAGUCUAAAUUGGCCUUGCAGAAGCAACUCACCAAGACGCUGGCAGCCCGCUUCCUGCCCGGCCCGCUGCCCAGCACAGCUGCUGCCAUCUGUGCCCUGCCAGGACCCCUGACCCUCCGGCCUGCCGCGACAGCAGCGGCUACCCUCUUCCCUGCUCCUGUCCUGGGCCCAGCUCUGUUUCGUACUCCAGCAGGAGCUGUCCGCCCGGCCGCAGGACCCAUCCUUUUUGCUCCCUAUUAGGGGACUCAGAAUGGCCACAUCCUAUCUCUUCCAGCCAGACACUUGUCGCCACAACCCACAGAGACUGCCUUUUGCAGUUUCCAGGUUCCCACCAACCUGGAUAUCUGCUCUUCACUCAGACUGGGGUUUUUCCAGUCCCCUGGCUCUGAGGACCACUACUACCCUCCUUUCCUGGGCCAAGCCUAGGCUGCCCUCCAUCUGUGGUUCAAAAAUUUCCAAAGACCUAUGCAAAAAUCUCAGCCCCAGUCUCAUGGUGCUCUCAUACCCCGACCCCAACCAAACUUACACAAAGCUGAUACAUCUUUGCUCCCAAGAGCCAGCCUCUCCUGCCAUGUUCUAGAACUGUCUGGACAAUCACUAGAGAUAGGGAUCUCAAACUGAAGUGGGCUGGAACCUAUCAGGCAUAGUUACUGUGGGGUAGCCAGGUCUGGUGGUGCAUGCCUGCAAUUCUAGGACCUGUACUAUAAGUCAGUCUGGGCCAUAUAGCUCGACACUGUCUUAAACAAAGCAAAACAACCAUAUGUUGACUACAGGGUAUGUAUGGCAAAGGGCCAUAGAGGUAAGAGGCCCCCAGAGUUCUUCAAAAAAUAUACUGUGAAAGGGAGGCAGAGCUGAAAGGAAGCUCUAUCUGUUUUGUGGGGAUGGGACUCAAAGGUAAGGGUGGUGCUCAGGCUGGGCCUGACUAUAGUCCUGGCUGGUCUGGAACUAUGUAGGCUGGCAACUCAAGAAAUCCACCUGCCUCUGCCUCUUGAGUAAUGGAACUAAAGGCAUGCACCACCCUGCCUGGUCUGGCUUUAACAGAGGUGACCUAUCUUAGCACAACUGUUCUUCUUAGCCUUUCAGUGGUUUUUCUUGAACCCUAACUCUAAAGAGGCUCUGUAUCUCCCUCAGCCUAGGGACUCUCCACUCCAUACUGGGGUCUGACCAUCCCAGGUGUGGCAUUUCAGGCUGGUACACUGUCCAAUAUGCCCUCAAGAUCCACUUUCAUGUUGCCAAAGCCAAUGCCAUUCCCCCACUCAACAUGGGAUUCUGCCAGUAUCCACCUAUAUUUUUUUUUUUUUUUGAAAGGUAUUUCCAAUGGGACAAGAAAAGGGGUAGGGGACGGGAAACUUUUUGAUAACAGCAGUUGUGGUUUUAUUGUGUCCAACACAUCAAUAAAUGAA